AUGAGAAGAACUCCAGACGACACUCGAACAGAAGAAGAAAAAACAGAGCCCACAGAGACUUUUUGUGUACGUACGCUUGAUGUCAAAUCACAUACGGUAUGUGAUUUGACAUUGCCCUACAAUGAUAUUGAUGAUGUUCGAGCACAUAUUGAUCAAGUCGCUUCAAAUUUAACACGAAUCAAUACAAUUGAAGAAGCCAAUUAUUUUAAACAAAAUGCCGAUUUGUUACAGAAUCAUAAAACAUCGUUUACUGAUUCAGCACUAAUACCUCCAAUUACCGAAUUAAAAGACUUUUAUAUGACGGAUCCCAUAAGUCGUGCAUCAUUAACAAUGGCUAAAUGUGUUAAAGCAGUUGAAGAACAAUUGAAAUCUCGGCACACAUAA